UUGCGAGAUCAAAUACCAAGCGAUUAAAGAUAACUCCGUGAGCUGAGGCCGAUCGGAUCGACAGGCAAGCGAGUCUUCCCUUCCCUUCCACAGGACUUGAUGAGCAGCAACAGCAAUGGCACCAGCUUCGACCCUUACAAUGGCAGACCACCGGAGCGCAUGAGCGGGCUCGCCUAUGGCCUCGGCAUAUCCGCCGGCAUCCUUCUCCUCAUAACCACCAUAACAUUCAUGUCCUACUUCUGCACACGGACCACGACCACCGCUGCCGCCACCGCGGCGCGGCCCCGUCGGCCGCCCGACGACGUGGUGGGGCCGGACAUGGACGUGGAGGCAGGCCUCGACGAGGCCACGCUGAUGAGCUACCCGAAGAUCCUCUACUCGCAGGCCAAGCUCGAGGAGCGGAGCACGACGGCGACUUGCUGUUCCAUAUGCCUCGCCGACUACAAGGACACGGACGUGCUGCGGCUGUUGCCGGAGUGCGGCCACCUCUUCCAUCUCGACUGCGUGGAUCCAUGGCUGAGGUCGCGCCCGACGUGCCCCGUCUGCCGCUCCUCGCCGAUUCCCAGUCCCUUGUCGACUCCUCUCGCGGAAGUCGUGCCACUGGCACUAGCACGCCAGCCAUAGCCGAUGUCUCAAGAACACCAGUCGUUGACGUAGGAAUCUUCUCCAUGUAAUAUUCAUCUGUGUGCAGAUCUCGGCAAUGGGUCUAUGCCUUUGUGAACAAUGCUGGCGUUGACUUUGAUCGUAGCAGGUAAAGCAACAAAGACGAGAUCAAACAAGCCAUCCCCAAAGUGAUGAUCGGAGGAGCUGCUGUUGAAUCAACCCGAAGUGAAGCAUUACAGGAAUGAUUGCUAUCGAAGUGGGUGUAUUGGAGUCAUCGGCAUCAGCAUUUGAAGGUGUGGUUUGCAAGUUAGUGGCAGUCAGGAGAAUGCAGAGGCCCUCUGUUGGCUCUCCAAGAACAGCAUUCAUUAUCCAUGUCUUCAAUAGAACAAGCAGAAUAGCAGCAAAUAUUUGACUA